AUGGGGAGAAUUGUCAUAUGGGUGGUACUGGUGGGUAUGUUUCUUUGUUGUAAUUUUGAGGUGGGGCUCUGCAAUUUGGCUGUUCCUCCUCCUCCGCCUCUAAUGCCUCUGCCCACUGCCAACCAGCUCAAAUUGCAGCAAAGAGAGAUGGUUAUGGUUCUGCAUUUCGGUAUGAAUACAUUCACCAACAGAGAAUGGGGAAUAGGGACCGAAAAACCUCAGUUGUUCAAUCCCAUGGGGUUCGAUGCCAAUCAGUGGGCGAAGGUGGUCAAAGAAGCAGAGUUUUCUCUGGUAAUUCUGACUACAAAGCACCAUGAUGGUUUCUGUCUCUGGCCUUCUAAAUAUACAAAUCAUUCGGUGAAAAGCAGCCCAUGGAAAGAUGGACGAGGAGAUGUUGUUAAGGAUUUAUCAGUGGCAGCACGGGACCAAGGCCUGGAUUUUGGCGUGUAUUUGUCUCCUUGGGAUCGGCAUGAGCCCUUAUUUGCGAAUGAGGUGCAGUACAGUGAAUUUUUUCGAGGACAGCUGCAGGAGCUCCUUACCAAAUAUGGCCCCAUAUCCGAGGUUUGGUUUGAUGGAGCUAAAGUUAACACUAAAAUGGCAUUCUUGUUUUCCCAGUGGUGUGCUCUGGUUCAUCAAUUACAAAUAUCUGCAAACAUAUUAUCAGAUGAAGGACCAGACGUCAGAUGGGUGGGAAACGAAUAUGGAUCUGCGGGAUCAACCUUUUGGAAUACCAUCAACGGAUCUUCGUUGAAGAUUGGAGAUCCUUCUACCUUCGGGUAUUUGAACAUCGGAGACCCAUAUGGAACGCAUUGGAUUCCUGCACAAUGCGAUGUAUCAAUCAGGGGAGGGUGGUUUUGGCAUCCAGAAGAUAAACCCAAAAGGCUACGCGAACUGCUGAACAUCUACUACAAUUCAGUGGGCAGGAGCUGUGUGUUAUUGCUCAACGUUCCACCAAAUACAACAGGCCUUAUCUCUCCUGAAGAUGUGGAAAGACUAAUGGAAUUCAAGCAGGCUAUAAACACCAUUUUUUCUGUGGAUCUGGCUGCUUCUGCUUCUGCUUCUGUCACAGCAAGCAGUGUGCGAGGGGAAGCUUUUGCCCCUGCCAAUGUAUUGAACAACGAUCUCUGGACUUACUGGGCACCCGAGGAUUACAGAAACAGCAAAACAGUAAAUUGGAUAUGUUUGGAGAGCAAAGAAGCCAUGGAAUUCAAUGUUGUGAGGAUUCAGGAGGCCAUUGGACUGGGGCAAAGGGUGAUGAAAUAUGAGGUUUAUGCAUUUGGCGUCGAUGGGAAGGAAAAUAUUCUUGUGAGUAGUGGGACUACUAUCGGAUACAAGAAGCUCGAUAGACUGAAGGGGCCUGUGAAAGCUUCCAAGGUUAUUCUUAUAAUUUGGGAAAGUAGAGGUGGACUGCCUCUCAUUUCAUCAUUUGGCUUGCAUUUCGAUCCAUUUUUAAAGGGGAAACAAGUAUGA